GCCGCCUGGGCGGUGUUCGCCGAGGAGUCGCGCCGGCUCUGGGCCAUCGGCGCGCCCAUCGCCUUCAACAUCAUCUGCCUCUACGGCACCAACUCCACGACGCAGAUCUUCGCGGGCCACAUCGGCAACCGCGAGCUCUCCGCCGUCGCCAUCGGCCUCUCCGUCGUCUCCAACUUCUCCUUCGGCUUCCUGCUGGGCAUGGGCAGCGCGCUGGAGACGCUCUGCGGCCAGGCGUUCGGCGCCGGCCAGGUGGCCAUGCUCGGCGUCUACAUGCAGCGCUCCUGGAUCAUCCUCUCCGCGUCGGCGCUCCUGCUGACGCCGCUCUACGUCUACGCCGCGCCCGUGCUGCGGCUGCUGGGGCUGGACGACGACAUGGCCGCCGCCGCGGGGAGCUUCACGCGCGGCAUCAUCCCGCAGAUGUUCGCGCUGGCCGUCAACUUCCCCACGCAGAAGUUCCUGCAGGCGCAGAGCAAGGUGGCGGUGCUCGCGUGGGUGGGCUUCGCCGCGCACGUCGGCCUCCUGGCGCUCUUCGUGUCCGUGCUCGGCUGGGGCGUCGCGGGGGCCGCCGCCGCCUACGACGUCUCGUCCUGGCUCACCUCGCUGGCGCAGGUGGCCUACGUGGUGGGGUGGUGCCGGGACGGCUGGACGGGGCUGUCCAGGGCGGCGUUCCAGGAGCUCUGGGCCUUCGUCAAGCUCUCGCUCGCCUCCGCCGUGAUGCUCUGCCCCGAGAUCUGGUACAUGAUGGUGCUCGUCGUGCUGACGGGGCACCUCGACGACGCGGAGAUCGCCGUCGACUCCAUAUCCAUCUGCAUGAACAUCAACGGUUGGGAGGGCAUGCUCUUCAUCGGGCUCAGCGCCGCCAUCAGCGUCCGCGUCUCCAACGAGCUCGGGUCCGGGCGCCCCCGGGCCACCAAGUACGCCGUCAUGGUGGUGCUGGCGCAGUCGCUCGCCUUCGGGCUCCUGGCCAUGGUCCUCAUCCUGACCACCCGCUCGCAGUUCCCCGUCAUCUUCACCGGCGACCGGCACCUGCAGAAGGCCGUCUCCAACAUCGCCUACCUGCUGGCCGUCACCAUGGUGCUCAACAGCAUCCAGCCCGUCACCUCGGGCGUCGCCGUCGGCGGCGGCUGGCAGGCCGUCGUGGCCUACAUCAACCUCGGCUGCUACUACGCCUUCGGCCUCCCGCUCGGCUACCUCCUCAGGUUCGGCGUGCAGGGCAUCUGGGCCGGAAUGCUCUGCGGCACCGCGUUGCAGACGGCAAUACUCACAUACAUGGUCUGGAGAACAGACUGGAAAGCAGAGGCUUCGCUGGCGUUGGAGAGAGUCAGAAUAUGGGGUGGGCAGCAGCAUCAAAAGCUCCCUACCUCGGAUCAGGACGUGGUCAUCUAA